UUGAACUUUCUUCAGGACUUGUCGGCACGGAGUUCCUGGGCUUUCGGCAUCAUACCUCCCCUCUUCUACUAAUCUACCUUUGUGGAGGUCUCUCGUCCUUGCCAACAGCUUGCGUUCUCAUUCCGAACUCAGCAUCUCCACAAGCUUUGCCCCUGACGCCGCUGCUGCUCCGUCGCAGUCUCCGGAAACCGCAAGCUCCGCCCGUUCACUGCCCCGUCGUCGACACAAAACCGACCGAGCAAUCGCUCCUCAACCAUCGUAACAUUACCCUAUAUUCGCUAUACUCCUAUUACAACGAUAGCGACGAGUAAUUGAGUUCACGAUGUAUCUUGUGUCACAAGCCCUGGAAUAUGGGGCUCCCCUCUUCCUCAUUACCUCUCCAGUGACUUCCUAUGCGGACCAGAUCCUCAGUAUUCACCGGUCUAGGAGCUCCGCUGGAUUUUCGCUGGAUAUCCCUUUGAUUAUGCUCGUCGCGUCCGUCCUGAAGAUCUUCUACUGGUUCGGCGCUCUCUACUCUUUUUCGCUUUUGAUCCAGGCCGUCAUCACGGUCGGGGUGCAGGUAGUCUUGUUGAAGGUUGCAUUGGACAAUCGGCCAUCGCCCGGGCUGAAGAACAGCGUUGAACAUGUUCCGUUCAGCAGUGUGGACAAUGGUGGAUUUGCGAGACCCUACGAUUUCUGGCAGUGGAAGAGCGCGAAACCUUACUGGAUGUUCUUGGCGUAUUUCGUCGGCGCGCUCACCUUCAUCCAAGUCCUCCUGCCUCCGCUUGCCAACUCGGAAUCCUACAUCGGCCUUCUCGGAUAUGUCGGACUCGCCGUGGAAGCCACGCUGCCUCUUCCCCAGAUCGUCAAGAACCACAAGUCCCGUUCGUGCGCAGGAUUCCGGCUCUCGGUGCUCGCAGCUUGGAUUAUCGGUGAUAUCAUGAAGCUGAGUUACUUCUUCUGCAGCCAGGAGGUGAUCCCCUGGGCCUUCCGGAUGUGUGGUCUCUUCCAGUGUGUUUGCGAUCUGUACUUGGGCGUGCAGUUUUGGAUGUACAGUGGUGCCUCGUUCCGGACUGCGGGCAGUCCUCGGGGACCUAGUGAGAGCUUUAAUGUGGAGGAGAAGGACAUCCGAAUGACUUGAACGAGAUUAGAUACGACCGUGGGGUUUCCGUUGCUUUCCGUUGGCGUUGUACAUAAAGCAUACUAGCUAUUAGACACAUCGGACCUUGAGUUUGGUUCGGCGUCCGAGGUCAUCCGACCUGUUAUCAAUUCAAUUAGGC